AUGAUGUGGAUCCCGCAGCUGAAGAAGGAGAACGGCGCAUUGUGGAAGUGCAAGCGAGUUCGAGGUCUAUGCUACCAGCGCCAGAAGCCUGAACCACCGCGAACAUGGCAUCUAGGUGUAGAGUGGGUACCGCAGCUGAACGACUAUUAUUGUUACAAGAUAAGCGACAAUGCGCAGAGUCAUGAGUACGAGGGGUCGUCUUUGGCCGUUGGAUUAGGCUGUCAUACACAGUUGAGACAUCGUGAUCAGCGGCACGCACAGACACGGGCCUAG